CGCAUGCGCAGACGUUUUCCCGCCGUGUAACUCUAUCGUAAUGUAAGGGCUUUCCCUUUCUCCCCCACCCCCCCCCCACUGUAUUAUUUUUCUCCUCUGUCCGCUACUUUUCCUUUCUUUUUUUCUCUUUGCUUUCAGAUGAGAAGAGAUGCCCUGUGGUGGAGGUUAAAAUGUAACCAGAUCACAGGGCCAAAGAAAUAUAUAAAACGCUUCGUUUAUUUAAUAUUUUUUGGUAGGUGGGGAGGAGUCUUCGUUUCCGGCUCCCUGUGGUUUCUUUUGACCGAGUGAGCUCAUUCUAUCCAAGAUGGCGGACGAUCUGUUGUUCUGGUGUGAUGUUCGUAAAAAUAUCAACGCUGCCCAGCUUGUGAUCGGUCUUAACACACUUCUAGCAGGCGGAGACUCAAAGGGAGCUAAUGGCUGUAUAUCAGACAAAACAAUAGGGACGGUUCGCACGGAGUUGAGAUUGCUUAAAGGAUGUGUUUUGAUAAGAUGUAAACACGAUGCACGUGAACAGAACAAGGAAGCCCAUCGUAUAAUCACAUUCAAUGAUUUGAAGCUAAAGCCUGAUAGCUGUAAUGGACUGAAAAUGUCACUGGGGGAGGAGUUACACAUGCGCUUACAGAUGACAUCUGAUAAUGGUACCGAUGUGAUGGAUAGAGAGACACUUAUGGUGAAGGAAGAAAGGAACUCUCUUCAAGCUGUAACUCUUAAUCUAACAUGCCGCACAUGUGAAAAUCCGAUUUUAAGUACAGUAAGAUUUUCUAGAGUUCUGGACUUGCCUUCGGAGAGUUGGGAGCAAUUAUCGAAAGAUCUGUGUUGCCAUGGUACCUCCCUUCCAGAGGCUUACACAUCACUUAAUCCCAGUCAGGAUGACUGCCUCCUUGGCAGUUAUUAUAUCGUUGUUCACCCAUCCUCACUCGAAGCAAAGAAUAUCAUUAUUACACAGAGCGAGACUACUAUCCAUUGCGGCAGAUGUAGAAAGUCACUUGGCAACCUAAUCAUUCAGCAGCAGUAUCCAGGCCAAGCCGAUGUAUCUGGCAUACAGCUCAACAAGCACUGCAUAAUCUCAAGAAACUCAGAUGUAUUUAGGAAUUAUUCUUUUGAAACUUAUAUCACACGCUGCCUAAAGUCAAAGUUGCAAGGGAAGGUGAACUUCAAGUUUUGUCUUCAGAGUCAUCAUGGAGGCAAGACUAAAACGCAUGCCUUGCUGUGGCUCAUGAAUUCAGAUGCUGUGAUUGUGUCAAAUUUAACCCCAGGGAUUAACACAUAUGGAUUCCACCCUAAAGAAGAAAAGAGAAAGAAUGGGAAAAAUUCUAAAUCUGAAAAUGAAGCGUCCUUGACGAAUGUUAUGAAAAUUUUAUACAAAGCUCUUCCUAAAAACAUGAGUAGUAAAGCGGGUACAGUCGAGACGCUUUCUCUACCAGAGCAAGACUGCUUACAACUUUUACUUUUGCUAGCUAAAAGCACGCUCUCUAUACCGCCAUCUCUAAGACACAUUACCGGCUAUACGGUUGGUUUUUUGAGGACAUAAGACACGUGACUUCGUGUGCCACGAUUAUGUUUGGUACUAGAAUGCUCGUCCGGAAAAAAAAUAUUCUGCGAUUAAUUAGGAUGAUAAAAUGACGACUAACAGAAACUCUUUAAGAUUAUAUUAGCUCUGUGUACAAGACAACACAGUACGAAGAGACACUAUCUAUACGUUACCACACAACUCUGACCUACGUAAUAAAAUAGAACCAAGCAUGUGAAAGGAUAAGACAAACAUGGCAAGAUUGGCAUUUUUUUUAUUGUAAUGGGUAUCACAUUGUCUAUCCACUUGGUCAAUAAAAACCCGAACUGCCUCAUUGAGUGCGACAA